GUGAGAGGCCAUAUUUGUUUUAUAUGUGGGAGUAUGUGACAUUUCUGAGACAUUUACAGCGAUUUAGUGACAGUACUGUGCAGUGAGUAUUGGAAUAUGCCUCAUGUUUACAAAGCGAGGUGGAGGGAUCGAGCAUGCUUUCAUGAAUGUGGCAGCUCCUUAGUUUUGUGUUUCUUGACAGUUGGUAUAAUAAUGGCCGAAGGGUGCUUGAAAGAUGAAAUAUCUGAGGCUGUGUUGAAGGUUUCCAAAGGAAGUGCUCAGUUUACUACAAAUGUCUAUAAGGUUCUUUCCAGCAAAGAUGGCAAUAUAUUCAUCUCUCCUCUUAGCGUGGAAGUGGUUCUGGCACUCGCAUACAUGGGGGCUGCAGGUAGCACGGCCAAACAGAUAGCUUCAGCUCUCUACUUGCCCCCAGACAGAGAAGACAUAAAGGCAGGCUUUGCAGAAAUUCUUGGUUCACUUAAGAGCACGGGAAGUUUGACAUUGGAGAUUGCCAACAAAAUAUUCUCUCAGAGUGGUUUUGAGAUUUUAUCGGAAUACAAGGCGAUAGCGAAGGACUCAUUUCUGUCUGGAGCCGAGGAGCUGGAUUUUUCAGAUUCUGAGCCAUCCAGGAAUAUCAUCAACAGUUGGGUUGAGAAGGAAACUAGGAACAAGAUCAGAGACUUGAUUCCCUCAGGUCUCCUGGACGAAACGACGAGACUCGUGCUCGUGAACGCUGUUUACUUCAAGGGGCUCUGGGAGAAACAAUUUAGCGCAGACAAAACAAAGCCUGAUAAGUUUCACUUGAAUAGCAGAGAGAAUAAGGAGAUCCCCAUGAUGCACAAAACAGCUAAUUUUGGCUACUUGGAAUCUGAGGAGUUGCGUGCAGCCAUACUCGAAAUGCCUUACCAAGAUAGAAAUAUCAGCAUGUUCAUUAUUCUGCCACAUGACAUCGACGGAAUCUCUGAACUAGAGAAGAAGUUGGCCACAGCGGACCUCUCCACAGUUUUGAAGAAUAUACCAACGAGAGAAGUGAGAGUCUCAAUUCCCAAAUUUAAACUUGAGGAGACAAUUAGCUUCAAUGACAUCCUCAAACAGUUGGGCAUGACAAGCAUGUUCAGUGCCAAAGAAGCUGACUUCUCUGGAAUCUCUGGCACUCGUGAGUUGUUUGUGAGCAGCGUUAUGCAGAAGACGUUCAUAGAAGUGAACGAGGGGGGAAGCGAGGCAGCAGCAGCUACUGUAGCCGUCAUGAUGCUGCGUUGCAUGCCAAGGCCUCUCCCAGAAUUCAACGCCAACCAUCCAUUUGUCUUUGUGAUCCAGAACAUCAAAUUGGGAAUAGUUUUGUUUGCUGGGCGAUUUUCGCAUGUUUAGUAUUAACAGGUAAAAGCCCCGUGUUGCAAGCAACAUCGCAGUUCUGUGUGUGUUACAUCAGAAUUUAUUUGUUGAUACAAAGAAACUAUAUCGUAUUUGAAAUGUAACUAAUGUUCACCCCAGAUGAAACAGAUACAGACCUCUCCCUUACUUGCCAUGUACACCAAAUGAUCUUAUGUUUUUAUAGUUAAAACACUGUUCCAUCUACUGAAGUUGUGCUUUGGUACUUAAUGAGUUGUGACUGUGUCAGAUACAGUCCUAAUGACCUAAUGAACAAGAAACUAUGCAUGAGGAAGUUCAAAUAGACUGUAUCCUCGCAUAUGUGGGAAAGGACUAAGUAAAACCUUGAAAGCUCUUGGCUCAAAUUCAAACGUGCUCAGCUACUUAAGCUUCUGAAUGAGGACGUUCCAGAGUAGCUUUUUUUGCAAAUAAACUUCUUUAUAAUCAUUCCAGAAGUAAUAAUUUCUUUUAUCAGUGAAAAAUAUGCAACACUUAGAAUGUUUCAUAAUUAAUUUACAAUUGUAAAUUUAAAUUUUGUUUUGCCUCAUGUUUUAAUUUAGGCACGAUCAACUUUGUGGAGAAAAUAGUACUGGACCAUUAAAAAAUACCUAUCUUAUAUUGGUAUAAUAGGUUACCAGUGACAGGUUCUUGUGAGUGCAGUCAUGAAUCUUUGUGUUGCGUAGAAGGCACAGAAUUUCUUGACUAUCGAAGCAGCUCUUACAUUCUCAAGGAUUCUGCUGCAUCAAGUAAGCUUGAAUUGUGGGGGGUAUGCCGAGCAGAUUUCGAGUGCUACAAGCCUCCUUCAGAGAUAAGUGUUUUUUAACAUUUCUGGCAUCAUGGCAUUUGUAUAUGUUACAGAGCUGCUGCUGCUGCUGUCGUACAACAUUUAAAUGUAUUGUUCAGUUGUUUACACAUAAAUAUAUUGUAGGGAGAAACAUUGUUCCGUCUUUUAUUGGCUUUGAAUUUUCUUCUAAAAAAGUGAUUUGGAAUUUGUGAUUUUGUUUGUGUUCACCGUUAAUGACAUGAAAUGGAAGUGUAGACUACAUCCACAGUACUUGUUGGCUGACUGCGCGUUUGUUUUUGUAUGUGGAUGAACGCAAUGUUGCCAGUGCAAUAAUUUUGAGACCCCAUAUUGCCAAAGACUAGUCUAACGAUUACUGCUAGAUUGUUAUGUUGUUAUAGGAUUGAUUACUUUUUGAGAAUUUGCAGUUGCUGUGUCAUUUUCAAAAUUUCCAAUGGAUAAAUAUUGUUACUGUUUCUCUAUGGCAAACGUUGAAUGAAAAUGAAUUUGGCUGGUUCUCACGUGAACUUCUGGUAUCCCCUGUCAGUCACCUCACCAGUUUUCUUAAUUCUUGGUAAUAUUAGCACCUCAUGAAGUGUUAUAAAUCACCGAGCCAAUCAGUACUUUUACGUCCACUUCUAUGAUUUUCAGAGUCUAGUCACGUCUUCAACCUCUUUGUACUAUGAAAUUCAAUAAACUAGACUUUUCUCUUGA